CAGAGCGCAGAAGGGCUCCAAACCGUAAGUAGAACUGAAAUUACGUAGUCACGUGUAUUGAGUUUACUCAUUCUCAACAACUCAAUUCAUCUCAGCAAACACAACAGCACCAGCAAUGCUCUCGAUACUACGACAGCAACGCGCGUGUUUCUCGACGAGCGCGUGUCGGGCCGCAGCGGGCGGGAUCCCGAUGCACGACGGCAAAGGACGGGGCGCGGCGCCGGGGAUUCCGCGGACGAUGCGCGGGUUGCCGGAGAAGCGGCGGUUGCGCGGGGUGGAUAAGAUUGUUGCGGUAUCGUCUGCGAAGGGAGGGGUUGGGAAGAGUACUGUUGCUGUUAAUUUGGCGCUGGCGAUGGCGAUGAAGCAGAAGCGGGUUGGCAUUCUCGACGCCGAUAUCUUUGGUCCGUCGGUGCCCAAGCUGCUGAACUUGACCGGCGGCGAACCGAACGUGACCGAGACCACGAACCGACUGAUUCCGCUCCAAAACUACGGUCUGAAAGCCAUGUCGAUGGGCUUUCUCCUUCCCGACGACGACUCGCCGAUCGUCUGGCGCGGGCUGAUGGUGAUGAAGGCGUUGCAGCAAUUGCUGCACGAUGUCGAGUGGGACGGGCUUGAUGUCCUUGUGCUGGAUCUGCCGCCCGGGACAGGCGACGUGCAGCUGACAAUCACGCAGCAGCUCGUGGUCGACGGCGCGGUGAUUGUGUCUACGCCGCAGGACAUUGCGCUGCUGGACGCGGUCAAGGGGAUCAACAUGUUUAAGAAAGUGAACGUGCCGAUCCUGGGCAUGGUGCAGAACAUGAGCGUCUUUGUGUGUCCGAACUGCGACCACGAGUACCAUAUCUUUGGCGAGGACGGAGUGCCGAAGCAGGCAAAGAGGUUGGAGGUCGAUGUGCUGGGGUCGGUGCCGUUGCAUCCUAAGAUUUGCGAGUUGUCGGAUAAGGGCACGCCGGUCGUCAUUGCGGAGCCGGAGAGUAAGAACGCGAAAGCGUAUAUCGAUAUCGCAGAGAAAGUUCUCGAGAAGCUGAAAAGUUCAUAGAGGGUGUUAUUUUAUAAUGAGAUUUCAUA